AUGUGGCAAUUCGAGGACUCCGAGAUAUAUUCCAUAGGGAUGAUCCAUCCUUCCAACAGCCGGCAUUCGGGGCUAUCUAUGCUGUCUGGAGUAUCCCAGUUUUCAGGCAUCUCCACGUUGUCUGGUUGCGGAUCUCCGGAUCAGCUGGAUCGGCUGCCAGAGCUGCCAGCGGCGGAGGAGAAGAGGCUGCGCCGCGCUGCCCAGAUCCUGCAGCAGAGGCUCGUGCUCCGCCAGUGGUUGGCCACACAUAGGCUGCAGCACACCUACUCCAAACUCCUCAGCCUGGAUGUGUCGUCCCUGGAAGACGUGUACUGGCUGGAGGACAGCACGGCGCGCCACGUGCUCGACCCGAAGGACUUCGGCGCGUGGUCGGCCGCCCGGCAGAGUCUACCCACCGGCAAGGAGGCGCUGCAAACCCUCAAAGCUGAUCUAUGGAGCGCUGUCGUCAAAAACAGCAAACACCAAGACGCUUGGACCUGGGGUGGGAUGCUGGUGGUAUCAGUGUCUGUGUGCGGGCUGGUGACGCUGGCCGCCAUGACGCAGCCCUCGCUCGCGCCCGAGGCCAAGCACUCCUUGCUGCAGUACGUCACCGGGAAAUAUCUACACCCGCCUAGUUGUAGGGUAGAAUGGGGUUGGACAGAGCCCCAAGCGGUGGGCGAGACCAUGUGCUUCACCGUCCACUGCUUCCAACGCAAUGGUCAGCCCUACCCCAUCUGCGACACUGACGAACUCACGGUGGCCAUUACCCACGGUUCCAGGAAAGUGAGUGGGGUUGGAUUUAACUUCUGGCAGGUGACGGCGGUCAUAGAGCUUGGGUCUGGGGACCCGGCGCAGGCCAAUACUGCGCGGGUCAAGUUUACUGUCAGGCAGGCUGGUGUUUACAUCGUGUCCGUCAUGAUCGGGCUGGUGCCGGUGGCGGGCAGUCCGUUCCGCAAGUGGUUCACUGCGGGCGGCGUGGAGGCGCGGCGGUCGCGCGUGGGGCGCGCGCACCACGCGCUCGUGUUCGCCGCGCAGCACGCGCGCGCGCUGCACGUGCACCCGCGCGACCACUACGACAACCCCGCGCCGCUCACUGACCACGAGGGGUUCUCCAUCGAGAUCAGUCCGCUGGGUGGCGAGGUGGACGAGUCGCUAUCAUCCGCGGCGACAUUUUCAUACGACUCAGUGAACCAACGAGUGAGCGUGUCGCUGUGCUUCGAGCGCGCCGGCCUGUACCGCGCGCGAGUACUGUACCGCGGACAGAUGCUGCAUAAUGGGGAGUUUGACUGCAUCGUACUUACUGCGAGUGACACGGCGACGGUGCAGCGCAAUAUAUCGUCGAAGCGUCACAACAUCUGCUACGAGGCGCGGCUCCUGUCCGGCAAGCCGCGCCGCGUGCUCUGCUGCAUCAGUCCCAAACAACUCACGCUCAAGGACUAUCUCUUCAAGUUUAUCCCCAAGAGGAUCACCAGCUUCCGUCUCUGUCCUUCCACUAAGUUGAUCCUGAAGCCGAGCGCGGCGGGCGCGGGCCCGGGCGGGUCGUUCACGCUGGAGGACGGCGUGCAGCCCCAGCUGGAGCUGGUGUCGGCCGAGCGCGACCUCAUCGCCGCCACCUUCACGCAGCUACUCAUCGCCAACUGCGGCGGGGAGGACACGUUCAAGAACAAGCAAGACUUCUUCUACAGUGAGAUCCGCAAGGCCCACUCCCGGCACCCGCACGAGAAGCUCGCCAUCCGCGUCGUCCGCAGCGAGCUACUGCGGUCCAGCCUCAAGGCCACCAGGCACUUCGCCGUGCAGGACUGGUGCAAGAACUUCGACAUCACAUUCCAAGGGGAACAGGGCGUGGACUGGGGCGGAGUCCGCCGCGAAUGGUUCUCGUUACUGUGUGGUCAACUGUUCGAUCCCAAAUUCGGUCUGUUUGUGUCAUUCCACGACUCCCCUACUGGACUCGUACAUCCCAACCCGGAUAGACCGCCGCAUCUCAAGUUGAAGCACUUCGAGUUGGCGGGUAAGCUGGUGGGUAAGUGCGUGUACGAGAGUGCGCUAGGAGGCUCCUACCGACAACUUGUGAGGGCCAGGCUCACGCGGUCCUUCCUCGCGCAGAUCAUUGGACUACGGGUGCACUAUAAGUACUUCGAGCAGGACGACCCCGAGCUGUACCUGUCCAAGAUAAAGUACGUGCUGGAGACAGACCUGGACGGCGGGGACUCCGUGCCCGAGCUGUACUUCGCGGACGACGUGUACGACUCGUCCGGACGACUCGUCGAGACCCACGACCUACUGCCCAACGGGGCUACCAUCAGGGUCUGCAACAGCAACAAGAUCUCGUACCUGGACGCGCUGGCCCAGUGGCGGCUGGCCGCGCGGGUGCGAGCCGAGACCGAGGCCUUCCUGCGGGGCCUCGCUGUACUCGUGCCAGACAAUCUGCUCGCCAUAUUUGAUGAGAACGAACUCGAGUUACUGCUAUGUGGCACUGGGGAACUGUCUGUCCAUGACUGGCGGACGCAUGCACUAGUGGCCGGCUCGGGCAGAGACUGGGAGCGAGUGCUGGCGUGGUUCUGGGCCGCGUUGUCCAGUUUCACUACUGAAGAGCGAGCCAGACUGCUGCAGUUUACUACUGGGUGCUCGCAGCUGCCGCCUGGUGGAUUCCAGGAGCUGAACCCCCGGUUCCAGAUAACGGCGGCGCCCAACUUCGGCGCGCUGCCCACCGCCCACACGUGCUUCAACCAGCUGUGCCUGCCCGACUACGACUCGUACGAGCAACUCGUGCACGCGCUGCUCUGGGCCAUCAACGAGGGCGGGGAGGGCUUCGGCAUGAUAUAG